CAUAGGGCUAAUGCGGCGAUGAGAAGCCGUCCUACACAUAUAGCCACAGGGACAACACUGACAGCAGCAGGGACUCAGCUGGUCCUGCGAUCAGCAAUAAUAGUCCAUCAAGGAGGGAACUUGGGCCGUCACAUUCCGGGGGACAGAUGUGAGAGGACCCGGUGCAGCAGAGUCAGCACUAUCAGAGGCCGGGAGACCGCUCCAUAGUCAGCAGGUUGGGAGGCAGCUGCUCCGACCACUUGUCAGGCUCAUAAUCCUGUGUAGUCGCCGGGAUCCGAGCGCGAGUGUCAGUCGGGACCCUUGUAUUUGUGCAGGCUGGGAACCCAUUCAGCACCACUGACAGCAGCAGCACAUGGGAUUAAUGUACUGGAGCGCAGCCGGCUGGGAUAACAGGAGCGCAGCGACCUGAGGCAUCAGCAACUGCGAGAGCUUAGUGUGGACCAACACUAGUGUCCAGGAAAAGUGUGGAUCAGCACCUGGGAAAGCAGCACUAGUGUCCAAGAAAAGUGUGGAUCAGCACCUGGGACAGCAGCUCUAGUGUACAGUACAAGUGUGGAUCAGCACCUGGGACAGCAGCUCUAGUGUACAGUACAAGUGUGGAUCACUACAUGGGACAGCAGCACUAAUGUCAGGAUAAGUGUGGAUCAGCACCUGGGACAACAACAGUAGUGUCGGAAUAAGUGUGGAUCAGCACCUGGGACAGCAGCACUAGUGUCCAGGACAGUGUGAAUCAUAACCUGGGACAGCAGCACUAGUGUCCAGGACAGUGUGGAUCAUAACCUGGGACAGCAGCACUAGUGUCCAGAACAGUGUGGAUCAUAACCUGGGACAGCAGCACUAGUGUCCAGGAAAAGUGUGGAUCAUAACCUGGGACAGCAGCACUAGUGUCCAGGACAGUGUGGAUCAUAACCUGGGACAGCAGCACUAGUGUCCAGGACAGUGUGGAUCAUAACCUGGGACAGCAGCACUAGUGUCCAGGACAGUGUGGAUCAUAACCUGGGACAACAACAUUAGUGUCGGAUUAGUGUGAAUCAGCGCCUGGGACAGUAGCCUAAGUAUCUAGGUUAAGCCUAAAUCAGAAACUUUACACUAGUGUCAAUGAUAAGUGUGGAUCCACUCCUGGGACAGCAGCACCAGUGUCCAGGGAAAGUGUAGAUCAGCAACUCGGACAGCAGCAUUAGUGCUCAGUAAAUUGGACCAGCACCUUUGCAAUAGUGUUUCGUAAACGUGCGGAUCAGCAGCUCGGCCAGCAGCACUAGUGUAGUAUUCAGUAUUAGUGGAUCAGCACCUUGUACAGCAGCACUGGUUCAGUAUAAGUGUGGAUCAGCAGCUCGGCCAGCAGCACUAGUGUAGUAUUCAGUAUUAGUGGAUCAGCACCUUGUACAGCAGCACUGGUUCAGUAUAAGUGUGGAUCAGCAGCUCGGCCAGCAGCACUAGUGUAGUAUUCAGUAUUAGUGGAUCAGCACCUUGUACAGCAGCACUGGUUCAGUAUAAGUGUGGAUCAGUACCUUUGCACUAGUGUAGUAUUCAGUAUUAGUGGAUCAGCACCUUGUACAGCAGCACUGGUUCAGUAUAAGUGUGGAUCAGCAGCUCGGCCAGCAGCACUAGUGUAGUAUUCAGUAUUAGUGGAUCAGCACCUUGUACAGCAGCACUGGUUCAGUAUAAGUGUGGAUCAGUACCUUUGCACUAGUGUAUGCUAUUGGUGUGGAUAGACAGCUCGGACUACAGCACUAGUGUUCGGAUAAUCUGCUCUAGUGAUCAGUAAGAGUGUGGAUCAGCACUGGGAUUGGUGUGAAUACAUAGCAGUGCAGCAGUGGUGACCAGCUGCUCUGAACCGCGUACGUGCACACUGUUGGUUCAGCACCUUGGAGAGCACCUGCAGUUGACACCAGCGAAGUGUAACAGAUUACAGUGCAGCAGACUGUGACAUUAGUGAGCCUGGCACAUUGGUUGUGAGAACCUCACUAUACAGUAACAAUUUACUACCUUGCAGCACAAGUAUUAGUCGGGACCCUGACUAUUCCAUACAAGCCUUAGCAACAGAGACUAAAGGAGACAGAACUCUGAAAGGAACAUUUCCAGCACCACAUUACUACAAGUCCUUCAGUCUUUAUGGAUGUCAAAGCAGCUCCCAAUGGUGUGGCCACCAUAGAAGACAGGAUCCUAAGAAUCACUGGAUAUUAUGGAUAUUACCCUGGUUACUCCAGCCAGAAACAUACUUCGCACUCAUCCGUUUCACGGUGUCUCUCCGGAAUCACAUACUCGAAUUCAUGUAGUAGCACAAGAAAGAAGAUCUGUCAUAUGUCUUCAACUGAAGAAUCUUCCUCUCCCAUGUUUGAGCUGGAAAGUAGAAGUCCCCUUCAAAGGUUUGAAUGCAGCAGAUCCAACUUGGUCCAGAGUGGUUCAGGUGGAGAUGGAGCACAAACAAAUGCAGAAAAUACACCUGAAAACCGUGAAAAAUCCCGAUGUCAGUCGUGUACCUCCACAUUCCUAAAAAUUGUCUGGGGAUUCCUGAUUAUCCUCUCAGUGUCAUCUUCUUGGGUCGGAACCACACAGAUAGUAAAAAUCACAUAUAAGAACUUCUACUGCCCGUUCUUUAUGACAUGGUUCUCAACCAACUGGAAUAUUAUGUUUUUCCCGGUAUAUUAUUCUGGGCACCUAGCAACAGCACAAGAGAAGCAGCCACUGCUCCAAAAAAUUAGGGAAUGCAGUCGAAUUUUUGGAGAAGACGGUUUAACACUGAAGCUCUUCCUCAAAAGGACUGCCCCCUUUUCCAUUCUAUGGACUUUGACAAAUUACCUCUACUUACUUGCUCUUAAAAAACUGACAGCCACUGACGUGUCGGCUCUAUUCUGCUGCAACAAAGCCUUUAUGUUCCUGCUCUCAUGGAUUGUCUUGAAGGACAAGUUCAUGGGUGUACGGAUAGUUGCUACAAUAAUGGCAAUAACUGGGAUCGUAAUGAUGGCGUAUGCAGAUGGUUUCCAUGGCGACUCAAUUAUUGGAGUGGCUCUUGCUGUUGGAUCUGCCUCGGCAUCAGCACUAUAUAAGGUUUUGUUUAAGAUGUUUCUCGGCACGGCUAACUUCGGUGAAGCAGCACAUUUUUUUUCUACUUUAGGAUUUUUCAAUUUAAUCUUCAUCUCAUGUACACCAAUCAUCCUUUAUUUUACCAAAGUAGAGCACUGGUCAUCCUUCUCUGCCUUACCAUGGGGAUAUCUGUGUGGAGUUGCUGGUCUAUGGUUAGUUUUCAACAUCUUAGUAAAUGUUGGGGUCGUCUUGACAUAUCCCAUACUAAUUUCAAUUGGCACUGUCCUCAGUGUUCCAGGUAAUGCAGUCAUUGACCUGCUCAAGCAUGAAGUGAUCUUUAGUGUUGUAAGACUGGGGGCGACUAUUAUCAUCUGUAUUGGGUUCCUGCUUAUGCUUCUCCCUGAAGAAUGGGACGAGAUUACCCUGCGAUUCAUCAACAGCCUAAAAGAGAAGAAGACGGAGGAACAUGCAGAGGAUGUGGCAGAUACCGGGGUCUACACCAGGAGCAGGAGCAGGGCAAACGGCACAGUGUCUAUACCACUGUCUUAAAACCAUCAUCAUUUGAAUGCACGUGAAUGUAUAUUCUGUGAAUAUAAUUUAAAUUAUUUCACAAAUUGUAAUGUAAUAUCACAGUACUUAUCUGCAAAUAAUUCUAAGUUAAAGGCAUAAUGUUUACAUUUAUACACCUACGUGUAAAUAACACAAUAAAGUUCUUUUUUU